AUGAAUUUUGAUAUAUAUAAUAAUCUUGAUGAGAAUCAAUUCUUUAGGAAUCUAUAUCUAAAGAAUACACAGAACUACUCGCAGUUUACAUCACCAUCGCCAGCGAUCAACAAGUUGAAUCAAGACUUUUUUCAACAACAACAGGUAGCAGCGCAACAACAGCAGCAAAUACCACCACCAAACUACGAGAAGCGUGAUUAUUGCUAUGGUUUAGGUCAGAGAACACCCGACGUACCUUUUGCAUUCACCAAACUAACGAAUCAAUCGACAAAUUGUUUCGAUUGUUUGGAAUAUGAUAUACCUAUUAUAAAGAAUGAAGAAAGCAAUGUAAUCAGUGCAUUCGAUUAUAUAUUCACCGAUUUCUUUAGAGAGAAUACUCUGAAACUUACGAAUGGUUCAUACAAGUGUCAGAUCGAUUCACACAGAUUCAACAGUGAGAAAGAAAUGAUAGAGCAUAUGCGUACCGAACACAAACCAAUGAUAUUGCAAAUGGUUUCAUUGUUAUCAGCUGGUAAUUUCUUUACGAAAUUGAUGUAUUCUGAUACGUUGUACUCAAUACAUCCAACAAAGCCUGCUGUUAGCUACGAAUCGAUGUUGGAGUAUCCCAGUGUGUUGGCACCGACAUUGCCGCCACUAAAGGAUGCCAGCAAAGACAACACUACCGGUGGCAAACCACAUGGUAAAUCGAAAAAGUCAAAGAAAUCAAAGAAAGCGAAAUUGCGACCAAAGACAACACUACCUUCACAAUUCUCAAGAGAUGAACUUGUUGAGCUAUCACGUUCAUUGUUUGGUACACCUAAAUCAACUUAUGAUAAUAUAACAACAAAUAAUGCAAAAAAGAUAAAAGAUCAAGUACAAUCGAAUAAAGGUGAGACAGAAGAAGCUAGAAUGAAGAAAGAACAAUCGAUAUUCAAUGAUAUCAUUGCAAAGAUUCAGAGUUCAAUGGUUUCGGAAGCCGAUUUGAUAGCGGCCGCCAAAGAGAAGGAACAACAAGAGGCAGAGGAGCUGUUGUUGUUAGAGGAGAUCGCCGAUAUCAUUAUAGAUGAGGUUGUCGAGGAGUUGUCGAUGAAAGUCUCAAAGAAGAGCACUGCCGACGAAAAGAAGAAGCGUGCCAAAGAGGCAGAGAAAGAGAAAGAGCGACUCAAAGAACAACAGAAACGCGAGCGUGAACUUGCCAAAGAGAAGGAGCGUGAAGCGAAAGAACAACAAGCGAAACUCGAGAAACAACAGCUGCUACAACAACAACAGCAAAAACAAAACGAAGACCUAUUGAAUCGUGUUAUCAAUGAGGUUGUCGAUGACUUUUUGAUUGAAAUGGUUGGUGAUGAAUGUGUUGAUAUUGGAUCACAAAUUUAUUAUGAGAAUUUACAAUGGAAAGAACAUCAAAAACAACAGAGUAUAAAAGAGAAGAAAUCGAAAUUGAAUAUCAAAUCAACUACUACACCUGUAAUUACAGUUGCUAAAUCACCUAAUCAGAAUCAGAAUCAGAAUCAAGAUGCUACUGGUAAUAAUAAUAGUAAUAGUACUGUUGUGGAGAAACCAAAGAUUAAGGAAUCACUUACAAAAGAAGCUGUUGUUGCUGGUUUGAAUGUAGUUCAAGCUCAAAAACAAUUUCGUCAACAACAACAACAACAACAACAACAGCAACAGCAACAACAGCAACAACUACAGCAGCAGCAGCAGCAACAACAGCAACAGCAACAACAGCAACAGCAACAACAGCAACAGCAACAACAGCAAAGACAACCACAGCAACAGCAACGACAACAACAAGAGCAACUACACUCAGCUUCUUUUGUUGUUGGUGAGGAAAUCGAAGGACAACAAGUACCUGUAUCAACACCUACCUCAACACCUACUUUAAUGCUGAAUCCUAUCAAAAAUGGUGUAUCCUAUGCACAAGUAUCACAACAUGGUCUUAACAGAACAAAUGUUGCUACAAAUGUUAGUACACCAUCUCCACCUAUCAUUGGUAAUAAUAAUAAUAUUGGCACUAUCAGUAGUAAGAACAGUAGUAAUGUACAAGUACAACCAACUGUUAUUCAAUCACAACAACAACAACAACAACAACAACAACAACAACAACAACAACAACAACAACAACAAAAAACAAGUUCAGAUACAAGUAAACUAUCUCAGCAAUAUCUACAACUACAGGCUCAGCAGAUACAACAACUUCAACAACAACAGCAUCUAUUACAACAACAACAACAAAUAGAGUAUCAACAACAAUUGUUGUAUAGACAACAGCAACAGCAACAACAAUUACAACAACAAUUGACAUUACAACAGCAACAACUACUACAAGGCUAUCAAGGUACAGAUUUCCAAACGUUGGCUCAACCAAAGUCACCCAUGAAUGUAUCACCGACGACCAGCGGCCAGAACUUUGUAGAUCCUUCUGCAAAUGCUUCGUCAAGUGUUAUUGCCUAUCUUCAACAAAUCAACUUUAAACCUGAGCUUACUCUGCUGUGUAGAACCGGCUACAUGAAGAGUGCUCUCGAUAUUUACAACUACCUUGGAACAAGUUGUAGAAUUGCCUAUAACGAUCAGAUGCUACCAAAGAUUCAACAAUUAAUGUUUGAUCGUGAAUUCAGCACAUUCUUGGUUCAGUUUGAAUCACUCAUCGAUCUAGAGAACGGUAUUACCAUAUCUUCGUUCCCAGGAUCGCCGCUUAUACUCACGCGAAUCUACAAUACUCAACAACAGCAGCAACAACAACAACAACAACAGCAGACUUCUAUGGCUAGUAACAACCCGGUUGUUACUCCAUCGAAAUCGCCAAUCCUCAGCAACAGCGCUGGUAAUAUCUCGCCAAGUGCACUGCAAGCCAAUCUCUACCAAAGCUACUCUCCGACACCCGGUAUCUCUAGAAUCGGUUCUAUUGGAUCACCAACCAACAGUUCUGCUAUUGAAGUCGACUCGAACAGUUACAGCAGCAACAGCAGCAGUGGUCUAAGCUCGAUCUCUCCCAACUCUCUGCACUCAUUGUCACAGAUGUUGAAUACACAGUACGAUGAACAAGUACCAUGGGAUAACCGUCCACUAAAGACAAGCAUAUUCAAUGAUAAACAACGUAUUGUAACUCCACCCAUAAGUGGAUUCAACAGCAGCAGCAGUAGUAGCAGUUACUUCAAUCAUCCAAGUUCAUCGAAUGGAUCAUCAACAUCAACUUCAUCCGCUAACUACUUCCAAGCAUCAUCACUUCCUUCGAUAUCGUUACCAAAUAACAACAUCAACAUCAACACUAGCAACAAUAACAAUAGUAAUAAUUUAACAUCGAUCUUUCAUAGCAAUAGCAAUAACAACAUCAACAAUAACAUCAACACUGCAAUGGACGAAUCAUCUUUCUUUACCUAUUCAGAUUCACUAGGUUUAUUUUCCAAUGCCGUGUUUCCACCAACUACCACAACAACUACCAAUAACAAUACAUCGAAUAUUCUUCAACAACAACAACAACAACAACUUCAUCAUCCACAACAUCAACAACAACAGCAACAACAACAACAACAAGAUAUUAAAUAUAAAACCAAUAAUAGAAAUUUAUGUUGUGGUGAAGAAGAACAAAUUCUUACAACCACAAGAGAACAUUGGUUCAAUGUGAAAUAUCAUGGUCAAAAAGUUGUUCUAAAAUUAAAUGAUUUUGGAAUCGAAAUAUAUAACGAAUCUAAUAGAGAAAUAAUUGAAGAAUUUUUAUUAAAAGAUGUUAAAACUUUUGGAUCAGAAGGAAAGAAUGUUUGGUUGGUAAAUGUAAGAGAAUUGAAUCAACAAGGACAAGAAUCUUUUAAAUGUUUCAGAUUCUCUGGUAUUAACCCCGAAAAGUUAAAUGAAGUAACAAAGAAUUUUUUGAAUAAAUUAAAUGAAGAAUUCAAAGUUGAAAAAGAUGUAAUGCAAAUGAAUAAAUCGAUUUAUUCACCAUCUAUUUAA